AUGUCGCCAGUCGUCGUAUUCGAAAGUAUCACAUCAAUGAUGCACACUAAUGCCUUCGGGGCAACUGGGAAGUGCUUGCAAGAUGACUGCUUAUCUUUGGACAAGAUCUAUUUCAAGAUCAAUUUGAACAUGAUUUCAAAUCAGAUUGUUGUCAAUGCCAGUGGGCUGCAGCGUUUGUGGGACGAACUUUUGCAAACAUCAGCACUUAUUUCAGAUCCGUGCCUCGGCGCUUGGCCAGAAUAG